AUGGUCUCCUUGGAUGCAAUGGCGGAAUUCCUUCGACAGCAGGACCCUAAUAGAGAUUGGGCGGCAGCGCUGGCUGGUUUUAGUCAAAUCGGGGGAAAAGGGAGCAUGACCGGAGAAACCCCAUCUGAACCGAUUGUGCAAUCCACAGUACAACCACCCAGCUCCAUUCCGACUUCCUCCAAAAUUCUACCAGGAAGAGAAUCUCCCUCAAUUAUCGCACCACCUGAUUCUACGGAACCCUCCCAAACUCCACAACAGAGUGAUUCGAUGGAGGUUGACCCUAUCUCCGGCCAUUACGAUUCCGACGCAGAAGAACGUGAAGCGAGAAGAAGAGAGGAGGAAAAUGGCCAGAAGGGAGGCGAUGAACUAGAGAAAACGCCAACAGCGGAAUCCAUUCCUCAAGAAGCAGCAAGGGAAGAGAUAGAUUUGAAUGAGACGGCCAAGAAACAAGGCUUAAUGACUGAUGACGAAUUUCAGGCAAUUUUGGAUGGAGUAAAUCAGAGGGAAGAUGAUACUGCCACGAUGGUUGAGGAUUUGGACCUCACAUCUAGGGAAGUAGGAGAGGAAGAGCCAGAGUUAGAAACUCCCCAGACAGAGGUGUGGGAGAGUGAUGAGCAUAUUGAGGAAGAGUCAGUACCAAUAGCGGAGGUACCAGAACCAGUAGCACCUCCGGUGACGAAACCAAAAGCAGUCAAGAGGAAGUUGGUGUUGAAGCGCUAUCCGAGGGCAGAGAGGCCGAAGCCAGAGAGGGUUUCACAAAGAUGUCUCGGAAAGUGGGCAUCUAGCAAGGCGAACCCAAAUGCAGAGGCAGAUCCGGUGGAGAUCUUGAGUGAUGAGGAAAGGGCUACUCCCACAAAACCUGGGGAGGAGUUUUUACCUACUACUGACUUAGAGGAUACUACAAGGGAAAACGAAGCGGAACCCGAAGAAGAGAAAGACGAGGAUGAUGGAGAGAAAGCUAGAUAUCAGGAAGAAAGGAAGCGAAAAGGGAAAGCUCUUAUGAAGAAGAAACCCAGUGUCAAGAGGCAGCGCACAGCAAAUACAGGCGUAGUCAUAACUGAAGCCGUUCUGAGAACCCUACCAAGCCGCAGGGAACAGAGUGAUAGCGAAUACGCUAUCAGUGAAGAGUAG